AUGCAACAAGCAUCUUUUCCUCAGCCGUCUGAGAAAGUCUGCGUCCCAGGUCAUCCCGGUGCGAAAGGGAGCCGAGGUCCCCGAGGAUGGCAAGGACUGUCAGGACCAAAGGGAAAGAGAAGUGAACAUGGAAUCAUGGGCUUACCUGGAAGUCACGGCAGGCAAGACAUCAGGGGGGACAAAGGCCUUGAGGGAGAAAAAGGCGAAAAAGAUAUUGACGAGUGCAGUACUUCCAUUCGGCCUUGUGACAUUAAUGCAGACUGCCACAACACUAACGGCUCCUACAGUUGUUCCUGUAAAAGCGGAUUUAUUGGGAAUGGAAAAACAUGUACAGAUAUUGACGAGUGCAGUACUUCCAUUCGGCCUUGUGACAUUAAUGCAGACUGCCACAACACUAACGGCUCCUACAGUUGUUCCUGUAAAAGCGGAUUUUUUGGGAAUGGAAAAACAUGUACAGAUAUUGACGAGUGCAAUGCCUCCCUCUGGCCUUGUGACGUUAACGCCAAUUGCCAGAACACUUAUGGCUCCUACAACUGUUCUUGUAAAAGUGAAAAAACAUGCUGGACUCUUAUCGCUCGAUUCUCAAACAGCGAUGGCAAGAAUUGGAUGCGUGAUGAUGGUAAGUGGUGGUAUGACCAGCAAAUUGCCACUGGAGCGACAAACGACCCUUCAGUGAACAACGAUAUGAUCUCAACAGCCUUUUGGUCGGUCAGCGGUAACGAGAUAAAGAUCACGCGCAGUGACGACCCCAGCCACACCCCUCUUUUACAGACCACGGGUAACUGUUUGGGCGGACAAACAUUCCGAUCCAAAAUCACAAGUUAUGGCGAAUUUAGAAAUGGGAAAGUCUGGGCCAGUCAUCGGUGUCUGGGAACUUGUACGGUUCACUAUGGCGGACAGUACAAGUCAACAGACGGCUUUCAACAGGCUGAGUGCAAUGGAAACCUUCAAAGCGCCAACAAGAUCGGCUUCUGGUGUGACUGGAGUAGUGGUGAUGGAUCAGUGAUGAUGAUUGGUGGAGGAGGAAGUAGCUGCUAUCGGGCGGACCACGGUGUUGGUAUUACAGAAGCUAACGAAGCCUCUUUUGUGUAUUCAUAUGAACAUGACUUCGGUUUUGACUCACAUACUUCUCAGUCCUACUCAUUAAAUCUUUGGAUCAGUUAUUAACCAACUGGAUGGUCUUUUGCUUUCCCUUUAUAAAACAGUUUAACCUCAAACAGCUACACUAUGUCACCAUGAAGUUAUUCCAUUUUAACAGGACCGAGUAAUUUAAUUAAACUGCAUUUUUAAUAAUAGUUCGAAAUUAGCUUAAGUUGUGACUCAGCGAUGCGAAAUCAACAAAUAUAGGAGUAUCACCGAGCAGGAAAAUUUAUCUUUAACUUUCAGCACUUUCCAACAUUUUAAAGGAAUGACACACCUGCUUACUUACACGAGAAGUACCCUGGGAACUAUAUUGCUUGUAUUUAGGGUAAACCCCUAUGAUGUGAACAAAAAAUAAAUCUUUACACUUGAUAUGUCA